AAUACCGAAUGACACUUUAGGGAACCAUUGCAACUCUUUAUAUAUCCCUCGACAUGAUCCUUUAGACACUACCUUUGAGCGACCUGUAGUAGCAUCUGUACUGAGGACGGAAAGUGAUAGAGUGCCACAAGUGCUAGUGAGCCAGGCAAGCACUGACUUGAGAAGGACGCGUUCGGAGAGUCAGUUGGAUGCAAAAUUGCUGGAUGCCAUCUCCAUGACCUCCUCGGUAUCAGGCGGAGUUGAGGACGAAAUUUCAGUUUACACUGUCAGCUCUCUUGGAAGUGAAAUGCCGGAACCUGUGAUACCGCCGUUGGAAGGACUCGAUGCACACAACUUGCUGUCACCGGAUCUCAUCACUCCCAGAGAAAAAGAUGCAAAGGACGUCACUCUUACUCCCGGUAUGACAUUAGCAGAUGUGGAAAAAGAAGCUGCGGCAGCGGCUGCAGCUACAACUACUCAUGCGGUUUCCUCUAUACAAACCGCUACUAAUGGAACCUCUGGAGUACGUCAUGCUUGUGUAUUUAGUUCAUCCGAGUGUAACUUGCGCUUGUAG